AUGCGCGCCGUUCAAGCAGACUUCAACACUACAUUCAACAAACCCCCACCCCCUCCAUGUCAGUUCCCACUACCAUCGGAAAUGGCUGAAGAUAUGGAAAUCGCACCGCCGUCACCACGCGGUCUUAAGCGAAAAGGCGACGACACCCUCCCUCUGCCCGCCCCCCGCCGCAUCAAGCCCCUCUCCCAAGACGUCGUGAACAAAAUUGCGGCGGGCGAAAUCAUCGUUGCUCCCGUGCACGCCCUCAAAGAACUCAUUGAAAACGCUGUAGACGCCGGUUCUACCUCUAUCGAAGUCCUCGUCAAAGACGGGGGCCUCAAACUACUGCAAAUCACCGACAACGGCCACGGCAUCGACAAGGAAGACUUGCCCAUCCUGUGUGAACGCUUCACCACGAGCAAGCUGAAGCAGUUUGAGGAUCUGACCAGCAUUGGCACGUAUGGAUUUCGUGGCGAGGCGCUGGCGAGUAUCAGCCAUAUUGCGCAUUUGAAGGUCACGACGCGCACCAAGGAGUCGAGUUGUGCGUGGGAAGCCAUGUAUGCGGGUGGCAAGUUGACGAGUGCGAAGCCCGGGGGCAGUGUGGAGCCGAAGCCCAAGGCUGGACGCAUGGGCACGCAGAUUACGGUCGAAGACUUGUUUUACAAUGUACCCUCGCGACGCCGGGCUUUUCGCUCGGCGAGCGAGGAGUAUGCGAAGAUUCUGGAUUUGGUGGGCAGGUAUGCGGUGCAUUGCCAGGGUGUGGCGUUUUCGUGCAAGAAGGCGGGGGAGAAUACGGGGAGCAGUGUUGCGGUGGCUGCUACGGCAACGACCAGGGAUCGGAUACGGCAGAUUCAUGGGACGGCGGCGGCGAAUGAAUUGGUGGAGUUGGAAGUGGAGGAUAAGCAGUGGGGGUUCAAGUGCAGGGGAUGGGUCAGCAAUGCGAAUUACAGCGCGAAACGGACGCAUAUGCUGCUCUUCAUCAAUCAUCGAUCAGUUGAGUCGCCGGCGAUCAAGAAGAGUGUGGAGCAGACUUAUGCCAUGUUCCUGCCCAAGGGGGGACACCCGUUCUUCUACCUUAGCUUGGAGAUUGAACCGCAACGAGUCGAUGUCAAUGUACACCCGACUAAAAGAGAGGUUCAUUUUCUCAACGAAGACGAAAUCAUUGCCACUGUCUGCGAUGAGAUACGCAGCGGCCUUAGCAAGGUCGACACUAGUAGAUCAUUCAUGACGCAGUCACUGCUGUCAAACCCAAAAGUCCCAUUCGCGACACCAAUGAAGCCGACCCAGCCCCCAUCAACAACACCAACAACAACAGGCGACAACACUCCAGACCUCAGCACUGCUAAAACACCUCGGACAACAAUGAUGAGGCCCAAAGAAAACAAUCUGGUCCGGACAGACGCCUCAGCCCGGAAAAUCACAUCCAUGCUACAGCUACAACACUCCGUCGAAGACACCGCCGAAGAAGAAGUCGAAAUAGACGACGAACACACCGAAAAAGAACCCAUACCCUGCCGUCUCACCUCGAUCAAACGACUGCGCGCUGAAGUCCGCGACGCCAUGCACAACGAGCUCACCGACAUCAUCUCCACCCACACCUUUGUCGGCAUCGUCGACGAGCAAAAACGCAUCGCCGCCAUCCAAGCCGGCGUCAAACUGUUCCUCGUCGACUACGGCCUCCUCUGCAACGAAUUCUUCUACCAACUCGGCCUAUCCGAUUUCGCAAACUUUGGCUCCAUUCGCUUUCACCCGCCCCUCGCUCUGCGCGACCUGCUCAAACUGGCUGUCGAACAGGAGCAGCGCCGGUGCGCUGACGAGGUCGAUUGGCAAGAUGUCGUGGAUUCGGUCGAAAGCUUGUUGGUUGAGAAGGCGGCGCUGCUCGGGGAGUAUUUUGCCAUUGAGAUUUCGCCAGAGGGCGAGUUGGGCUCGAUUCCGUUGCUGCUAAAGGGGUAUACGCCUUGUUUGGCUAAAUUGCCGCAGUUCUUGCUCCGGUUGGGGCCGCAUGUGGAUUGGAGGGAGGAGAAGGCUUGUUUUCAGGGUAUCUUGCGUGAACUUGCUGCUUUUUAUGUUCCGGAGUGUUUGCCGUUGCCGUCUUCCUCUCCAGCAGCAGCAGCAGCGGCAACAAGAACAUUCUUACAGACUGACCCAACGCAAAAGGGCAAGGGUAGAGCUGACGACCAAGAUGACCCCGAGGUGGAAGCCCGGAGGAGGAAGAUUUGUCGCGCACUCGAGUUUACUAUUUUUCCGGCGUGUAGGGCGAGGCUUGUGGCGACCAAGGGGUUGUUGACGGGGGUCAUGGAGAUUGCGAAUCUAAAGGGUUUAUAUCGGGUUUUUGAACGCUGUUGA